AUGAUUAUUAAUAGCAUAACAUCUUCUGUUCAUUGUGCUGUAUUAAUAAUAGCAGUGUCAGUAUGCAUAGUAGCUAUUGUUCUUAUUACAGUGCCAGCAUCUACGAAAGCAUCGCCAUUUUCACCUCUGUCAAUAGAGGCGAAAGCUCUACUCGAUAGCUGUUGGUGGGGAAACUUUGUUUCAACAAAUCACUGCGAGUUGAUGGGCGUCACCUGCAACGAGGUAGGAAGUGUCACUCGAAUUGACUUUUUUUCUUCCCAUUCUCUCCCCGAAAAGCUUGAAAACAUGAAUUGGGCUUCCUUACGAAACCUUGAAUAUCUCAAUCUCAACAAUUGUUUCUCAACUGGAAGCAGAAGCAUACCUGACGAAAUCGGUACUCUGUCAAAGCUCAUGUACCUUGAUCUCUCUUACAACUAUUAUCUUCAAGGUUUGCUACCUCUUACCUUGGGAAACCUCACCCAACUAGUACACCUUAACAUAUCUAAUACUGAGAUCACUGAUACAAUUCCUUCAUCUAUUGGUCAAUUAACUAAUCUAAUCUUUAUGUGUCUCUCUUCGAAUCGACUUAGCGGUACCAUCCCUCCAGAUAUAGGGAAGCUAAGCAAUUUGGUUGAGAUGUAUAUAAGUAAUAACAUCCUUAGUGGUCCAAUUCCUCCAGAAAUAGGACAUUUGAUGCAAUUGGCUCACUUGGACCUUAGCCAUCACUUUUUUAUAGGUAAGAUCCCAUCUUCUACAAGUCAGUUGAUUAACUUGAACUUUCUUGAUAUGUCUGCAAAUCAGAUCAAUGACAACAUACCUCCUGAACUUGGGCAGUUUCCCAGCAAAAUUCAAUAUUUGGACCUCUCUAAAAAUUUGCAUAGCGAACCAAUCCCGAAAGAGCUACAACAACUCUGCUAUUUGGAGUACUUAAUAUUGGGUAGAAAUAAUUUGAAUGGAGCAAUACCUGUUGGACUUGCAUAUUUGCCAUGGUUAAAGCAAUUACAUCUCUCCCACAAUAAUCUUUCUGGCAAAGUCUCAUAUUGUCUUUGCAACUUAAUAGUUCAUGACUUCUCAUACAAUCUGCUUGCACAUCAAAUCUCAGGUAGAUCUCUAUAUUCAUGUCCAUCCCAAGCAUAUGCCAUUUCCAAAAUUGCAUCCUGUAGAGGUAAUGAUUCCUCAUCCUAUUGCUCUUUUUCCAAAAAAAGGGAAAUAAAACCUACAUCAUUAAAGCAACAAACAACUUUCACAUCAAAUAUUGCAUUGGAAUCGGCAUUUAUGGAAGUGUGUAUAAAGCUCGAUUGCCAAGUGGCAAAAUGCAUGUUCCUGGUGUAUGAGUACAUGGAAAGGGGAAACUUGUUUCGUGCCUUGAGAAUUGAUGCCCAAGCUAUUGAAUUAGGAUGGACUCAGGGGGUAAACAUCAUUAAAGCAAUAUCACAUGCUUUGUCAUACUUGCAUCAUGAUUGCACCCCACCUAUUGUUCACCGAGACAUAUCGAGCAACAACAUUCUAUUGAAUUCUGAAUUGGAGGCUUGUGUUUCUGACUUUGGCAUUGCUAGAUUAUUAUAUCCCGAUUCAUCGAAUCAAACCGUAAUUGCAGGCACUUAUGGAUACAUUGCCCUAGGUACUCGUGGCUUAUGCAUGGUGAUGACUAUAAUUACAGCACCAGCAUUGCCUAAAUCAUCAUCAGUGUCACCAUCAUUUUCAUCAUCAAUGGAGGCGAAAGCUCUACUCGACUACUGUUGUUGGGGAAAUAUUUCUUCAAGAUACCACUGUGAGUUCACAACCAUCACUUGCAAUGAAGCAGGAAGUGUCUUUCGGAUUGACCUUUAUCAUGAUCAAUUCUUGGGGAAAAAGCUUGACAAUUUGAAUUGGUCUUCCUUGCCAAAUCUCCAACGUCUUGUUUUCAGGGGAAGCUUAUUUUAUGCCCUAAGCAUUGAUGCUGAAGCUGUUAAAUUAGAAUGGACUCGGAGAAUAAACAUUGUCAAAGAAACAGCCCAUGCUUUGUCCUACAUGCAUCAUGAUUGCAAUCCACCAAUUGAAGAAACAUCACCUAUGCUUGAGGCCAACAUUCUAUUGAACUCAGAGUUCACUGCUUUUGUCUCUGACUUUGGCACAGCUAGAAUGAACACAAUGGUUGCAACUGAGAAGUGCGAUGUUUAUAGCUUUGGAAUGGUGGCGCUAGAAACAAUAAUGGGAAGGCAUCCAAAAGAACUCCUCUCAUUACUGGCAUCGACCUCUGCUCAAAAUAUAAUGUUAAAUGAUGUAUUACCAGUUGAUCUGCUAGUUGCAGGGAAUGUUGUCCUUGUUGCUGCACUGGCAUUCGCAUACUUGCAUUCUGAACCAAGAUCUCGACCAACAAUGUUUGCAUGCUUUCAACGUCGUGAGACCCAAAAACACCAAAAUGAGGCAAGAGCAAUAAAAAAUGGGGAUAUUUGCUCAAUAUGGAAUUACGAUGGAAGAAUUGCAUAUGAAGACAUCAUCAAGGCAACAAACGACUUUGACAUCAAAUAUUGUAUUGGAACUGGCGGUUAUGGUAGCGUAUACAGAGCUCAGUUGCCAAAUGGAAAAAUAGUUGCCUUGAAGAAACUCCAUCGUUUUGAAGCAGAGGAACCAGCUUUCGACAAGAGUUUUAGAAAUGAGGUGCAAAUGUUAACUAAUAUACGGCACCGAAACAUAGUGAAGCUUUAUGGGUUCUGUUUGCACAACAAAUGCAUGUUCCUGGUGUAUGAGUACAUGGAAAGGGGAAGCUUGUUUUAUGCCCUAAGAACGGAUGUCGAAGCUAUUGAAUUAGGAUGGACUCGAAGGGUAAACAUCAUUAAAACAAUAGCUCAUGCUCUAUCCUACUUGCAUCAUGAUUGCACACCUCCUAUUGUUCACCGAGACAUAUCUAGGAACAACAUUCUAUUGAACUCUGAAUUGGAGACUUUUGUCUCUGACUUUGGCACUGCUAGACUGCUAUAUCCAGAUGCAUCGAAUCAAACAGUAAUUGCAGGCACUUAUGGAUAUAUUGCCCCAGAACUUGCCUACACUAUGGUUGUGACUGAAAAGUGUGAUGCUUAUAGCUUUGGGGUGGUAGCACUAGAAACAAUCAUGGGAAGGCAUCCAGGAGAACUCCUCUCAUCAUUGGCAUCACGAUCUGCUCCAAACAUAAUGCUAACUGAUGUCUUAGACCCGCGCCUUCCGCCUCCAACCAAUCCAGUGGUUGUAGGGAACAUUGUUCUAGUUGCUAUGAUGGCAUUUGCAUGUGUGCGUUCUGAGCCGAGAUCUCGCCCAACAAUGCAAUGCGUAUCUCAAGAGUUUCUUUCUCGAAUGAAGACUUCAGUUACACCUCUUCAUGCAAUUUCACUUUUACAGCUAUGGAAUCGAGAAUUGAGUUUUAUCCAAUAAAUGAAUAAACUCGAUACUUGAGCUUCCCAUAAAAGAAAAAUGUCCAUGUAGAAAUGUUGAGUAGCAUAUUUUCUUCGGGACCUUGUUGUUACAGGAUUGCUAUAUAUUAUCAAACCUCAAUUGUUAU